GAACAGAUAUUCUAGAUUCACACUAUCUAAACGGUUGCACAACCACAUGGCUUCUAGGACAGAUCUUACAGGUGAACAAGGUGAUGUCCAUCUUGUUUUAUGUGAUAUUUCUCGCUUAUCUUCGUGGCAUCCAGUCUACCAACAUGGAUCAAAGGAGUUUGCCAGAAGAUUCGAUAAAUUCUCUUAUUAUUAAACUCAUUCAGGCAGACAUUUUGAAAAACAAGCUUUCUAAGCAGAUGGUAGAUAUUAAGGAAAACUAUCAAAACACAGUGCAGAAAGCAGACACUCAGCAAGACAUGGAUGGAGAUGAAAAUGUGAAAUCAGACUUCCAGCCAGUUAUGUCAAUGGAUACAGACCUCUUAAGGCAGCAGAGACGCUACAACUCUCCCCGAGUCCUCUUGAGUGACAACACGCCUCUGGAACCGCCGCCACUGUACCUCAUGGAGGAUUAUAUUGGAAAUUCAGUGGUGGUGAACAGAACCUCCCGGCGGAAAAGGUACGCGGAGCACAAGAGCCACCGAGGGGAAUAUUCCGUUUGUGACAGUGAAAGUUUAUGGGUCACGGACAAAUCAUCUGCGAUCGACAUUAGAGGACACCAGGUAACUGUUCUGGGAGAAAUUAAAACGGGCAACUCUCCAGUUAAGCAAUACUUUUAUGAAACAAGGUGUAAAGAAGCCAAGCCUGUAAAAAACGGCUGCCGCGGAAUUGAUGACAAGCACUGGAACUCCCAAUGCAAGACAUCCCAAACUUAUGUUAGAGCACUGACUUCAGAAAACAAUAAACUGGUAGGCUGGAGAUGGAUAAGGAUAGACACCUCCUGUGUGUGUGCGUUGUCCAGGAAAAUAGGAAGAACAUAAAUCUGCAUCUCUUUGCUAUAUAAAUUAUUACUUUAAAUUAUAUGAUAUGCAUGUAGCAUAUAAAUGUUUAUAUUGUUUUAUAUAUUAUAAGUUGACCUUAUUUAUUAAACUUCAGCAAAUCUACAGUAUAUAAGCUUUCUCUCUCAAUAAACAAGAGCAAAGGGUGUGUGCCUCUGCUGUGGGCAGCUCCGGGUUUUUCUAGACUUUGUUUGCGACACUGCUUGCCAGCAGCAUACCGUAACCUUACUGUAAAAUCUGUGUAAAAUCAGUAUUUUUCAUUCAGUAUUGUCAAGCCAGUGACUGUCAUUUAGUAAACUUGUUAAAAAUCAGACCAAUGUCAAGAGUUGUGUACAUAUUUAUACACCCCACUCUAUACGUUCACACUUAAUUGGAUGCAGUGUUGACUCUUCGCCACGGAAACAAAAACGGACCAGAAUAAUACAUGCUGUAACCUGCAGAUGAUGUCAAUGUUACAGGCAUCAAGUAGCCAUAAAAUACAACUUCUGUGUAUUAUGCCAAUUUGCCAAUGAAAUGACCAUCUUCCCCCUGUUAGCACUGCAGAAUGACAGCUAAUAAUCCAGUAACUUUCAUUUAUGUUUUUGAGCACAUUUGUUUUGCAACUCUUUCUAAUGCUGCCAGUUGAUCGUAGAAAAAAUAUGAAAAAACCCCAAAUCUAAAAUAUUUGUAGCAGAAACUUACUGAAGCCAAGAAUCAAUCUAAUUGUAUUGUUAAUAUUAUACAUAAAAGAUGAUCUCUUCAGAAUUUGCUAGUUAUUGUGAUUGGCCUCUUCCUCCUCACACGAAUACAUUAUCUUCUGCUUGCAUUGUUGGAUCAUUCCUCUCUUUCUGAGUUUUUCAAUUAGAAACAAAAUGGUCAUGUCUUAACCUUAAAAGAGCCCUUGUCUUGCAAAGUAUAGUAAAGAAAGAUAUAAUGUCUUGGCAUAGAUAUCAAAGCCACACACCUGUAUGAAGCUGUUCUACUCAGCAAUCCAUUCUCCGUUUUUUAGAGGGAAAAAUGUAUAGAACUGCCUGACAAAUCUGUUACUUUUCAUAGGGAUAUGAAGUAAGAGACCUUUUUGAUCAGUAGAGUGACUAAAAUCCAGGUAGUCUGUAGUUAUAAUGAAGUUCUUCAAUUACACAGGUGAGUUGUUACUUAGGACAGACAACUCUACUAGCAUAUAUAUAUAUAUAUAUAUAUAUAUAUAUACCCCUCAAAUUCUCCUUUGUAUUGCAGUGUAGCUCCACUGGGAACAGUAAUAAUUACUCUACUUGAAGAGAUGGUCUAUUAUACAUUAGUUGUAUAAUGCCCUGGCUGGGAUCUAAGUCCCAUAAAAAUAAAUGAGAGUCUUGUCAUGGCUAUCAACAGAAUUAAGAUUGGACUGCAUAUGUUAUCUGUGUCUAGAUAGGUCUUAACACGCAUCCAGAGCCAAAAAAUGCCAGCCAUUCAAAAAACGUUACAGCUGUAGUAGUCUUAGGUAUUUAUCCUAUGACCUUCACUGUUGUAGCGUGUUCAGCAUCACAAAUGAAAAUGAGAUCAGAGCACUCAAACCCCAGGUUGCAGGAUGCCUUUGUUCAUAUAGCUUUCACUACUAGAGAACCAAAUUCAAAUCUGUAACAGGUCAUCAAAGGCAACAAGUUGUGUGGUCUCCCCUACUCCCUUACAGGGAGCAUUACACGUCAUAAAACCACUGGAGAAGUGGACAGGUCACUUGCAAACUCAAGCACUAGAAUAGCGGUGCCUCUGAGAGCCAGGUGGAGCGUGUAGGUGUAGGUGUAAUUCUGCAUAAACAAAGGUGUUAAGAACCAUCUCAGUUUUCAACAUGAGGCCAGGGUAUCCACCUCAGAGGAAAUAUCAUCACCUCGCAGUACUAAAACCCAACUUUGCUUCAAGCGAUAAUAACUUCAGAGGUUCAAUACCAAGGCAAUUGUUAAAAGAGAGGAUGUAAUAUAACAAGGAACUAAGUAUCUGGGAGAUCUGACAAGAAUUUUUCCAGCAUUCUCCUUCCUUGGCAAACAUUAAAAACCCCCCAAAAAAUCCUCAACAGAGCUUUGGCUAGUUUUACUAGUAGGAAAGUUUAAAUUUCAACUAAAUUUUUCUGCUUCAGGGGGACAAGCAUAGUUUGUAAUCCUGCCCCACUGAAAUUUUUUUGCGAGUUAAAAGCCUAAUUUUACAUCCUGAAUUCCCAAAUAAAGAUCAUUUUCAGAUGCUGUGAGUAAUUGAGAGAAGAUAUCGUCAUGGAUCAUUAACUUAGAGAUCUCCAUGUUUUGCUCUGCCAGAUAGCUCUACUCUGUAUGAGAAGAGGGUGUAAGGAGACUGACUUAGCUUCGUUAAAUCCCAUUAAUUGAAAACUGCCUUGUUCCUACAGUGUGGAUGCCAUGCUUGUUUACAGCAUUGUAAACCCAGAGAAACUCUAGUGAGGAUGGGAGAGAAAAUGUAAGUUAUAGCAAUGUGAACAACCCCAGAGUUCAUCCUAGUGCCUUUAUUUCUGCUCACUGAGAAUCAAGGGAGGUUCAUUCUUUAUAGGUUCAAAGAAAACAAAUUGUCAUUUUCCACUGGAAAUUCAGUAACAGGAACUGGGUUUUGACUUUUAACUUUACCAAUGCACCAAGCAUUUUACAAGCAGCCAGCAAAAAUGUAUCAGAGUAAAUACAACGCCUGUCAUCUGAAACACAUUAAACGAGAAAGAAGCAUGGUGUGUAAGGUUAUUAGAUCGGCUGCCUCUUUCCCACCCCAGUGUAACAAUGAACGGAAGUGUUACCCUCUGGAUCUGAUCCAGUUUCCACUAAAGUAAAUGGAAAAAUUCUCACCUUCUCCAGUGGAAGCUGGAUCAGGCCCUGAGCGAAGAAAAACCUGCAGAUCUUGGCCAGAGAGCGGAGCAACCGCACACAUCAGUUACGUGUUCUUGUAAAUCCUGUGUACGCAUAAGAUGCUGUAUAAUUUUGUAACAAGUUUGUAAACAAAGCCUGUAAUAAAUUUGUUAAGGCCUGAUUCUGUUUUCACUGUAGCCGGGGAUGGUUUUAUCGUCACCGUCGGUCGUGGCACAACGAAUUCAAAGUUCUUACCCAACUUUUUUUUGGUAUGUGUGUUAAGUAAUUAAGCAAAAUAUUCAGCUCGCAAUGCUUGUUUAAUUUAAGUAUUCUGAAACUCACUCCCAUCAGGCAGCUCAGAUGCUCUGUCAAUAUUGUUUUGCCAAUAGAUCAUUACAAACACACAUUUUGUUUCGCUUUUCUCUCAAACAACCAAAUGCUAUUCUGAAAUUGCCUGUCUGUGUCAAAAUGUAUUUUCUCCAUUUUUUUCCCCUAUUUUUUUUACAGUCCAUUU